AUGGCAGCAAGCUCUAAGACUCCCCAUCCCAACACCUCUCCUCCUCCUCCUCCUCCCUCUCCUCUUUCAGAAACAGCUGCAUUGGACCUCAAGACCAACACCAUUCCCUCACCAACCAAACCAAGUCCCACCAGCUUCCUCGACCUCCUCCCUCCACCACGCAAACCUCAUACUCCAAAGCUACAAUCACCAAGUCGUCUACGAUACGUCAUGAAUGCAGACGCUCCACUAGACGUCUUCUCCAAACCGGAGGAACCUACUAAGAAAUUCGUUCUUGAAAGAAAGCAGCCUCCUAGCACUCCUGGUGCUACUGCUAAUACCACUACUAUUACUACUAAUACUACCAACACCCCUUCCUCCUCCUCGCCAAUCCAAUACCAAGGGACCUACCAUGGCCCUUGUUUCUCAAGAAUCAGACGUUUCCAGGGACCCCGAAAACCAGGGGUUUAUGAGAAGAUCCACGAAGAGUGGAUUAAAAAGGCUUUGUUGAGGCAGGAGAAGGAUCUUAAGUGGGAUCCGGAGACGGGGGAGCCGCUUUUUGAUGUUCGGUGUGGGGAGGAGUGA